UUCAUAUUUAUUUUAUUAGAAAGUUGUACAUCUAGUUUUAUAGUUGAAUUGUUUAAAUUAAAACAUAAAGUGGUGAAAAUGUGUAUAGUAUAAUGAAUACUAAUAAUGCUUAAUUACGAAGUGAAGUUUUUUACUUGCGACGAAAACCUUCAUUUGAAAAACGGCGACUUUAAAAGUUUUAAGUAUGAGACGAAGAAAAAAGUGGACGAAUCUGUAUACGACAUUGGGAAAAAGAAUUUCCAUGAGCGUAGAGGCGGGCAGUGGCGGUCUUUACGCCCCAAACAACUACGCCAACUCGAAUCGAAACUACGCGACCUUAGUGUCGUUUUCUGCAACUGGACGAACGAUUCUCUCAUCACGAUAAUGUUCUCGUCAGGUGCCAUAGCUUACCUCACUAUUAAGCCUGAAACUUUGGAUGUAACUCAAAUAUUAUUUGAUAGGUACUGUGUGGGAAGAUUGUCAAGCCAAGCAGUGUCUAGUGUUGUUUUUAGCAAGACUCACCUAUUGUUACUCCAUGGAGACCGCACUGCCACAUUGAUCACCUUUGGAAAAACAAACUGCAACCAACCUUGCCGUAUUACUGAUAGGGAUCCACACUUGCAAUUUAUAGAGCUAGGAGGUGGAGUCCGGAGAGCAGAAAGGCAUGUCUUUUCAUCUGAGACCAGUACAGGAGUAAGAGUGCUCAUGUGGGCUGCUACCUGUGCAGAACCAGCACCAUGGAGUCCUGUUUUAGAAGAUCUUGCCAAUAUGCAUUUAUAUCAGAUACACGGGCAACAAGUUACUCUGAUAGCAUAUCAUCAACUGGAGAAUGAUACUCUGUCCGCAGAACUAUCAUACAAAUCAAACAGUGCUGUUCAUAUUGUAGAACAGUUAACUGGACAUAAGACUGGUGUAACCUUAAACUGGCUGCUUUACGACAUACCCGUCGAAGACCGAACAAUAAAACUUUCAACCUUACGUGAAACAUUGACGUCGGUGUCACUAUCGGCGCCUGUCCGGAUAGUACGGAGGUCUCCGUGUGAUGCGCGCCUGUUGGCUGCGUGUAUAGACGGUUCAUUACAUGUAGUGCAUCAUGUUGCUGGAUUAACUCACUCUGUUAGAGCUGGAUUUAUCGCAACGGACAUACGAUGGGCUGGAGAACUUAUAGUGGCUGCAGAGGAAGCAGGCCGACUGCAGUGUUACGAUCGUGCGCUCUCCUUGCUCCACCACCAUACUAAAUGUCUUGAUUUCACUACUUAUUUACGGGACAAUAGGCGCCUGCAACUUUUAACAAACAAAAACUCAAAAGCGGGUCCUUUGAUCUUAGCUUCAUUUAGUGGAGGACCACUUGCUUUACUGCGAAUUAUGCACCCUCGAUUAUUGACGGCAUGGACCCGUGCUGGGCGGACAUCUAACACAGUGUCUCUGCUAAGGGCCCUCGACUGGGAAACAGAAGGAACAGAGGGCCUUUGGGUUGUUAACAGGCUAGUGUGUGACGCACUUAGAUCCGGUCUACAGGCGAGUGGCGAAGCUGUCGCGCAAGCAGCUCUAGGCGCUUAUUUGGCGCCGUCCGCGUCACAUCGUCCACUAGCGCAACGCCUCGCGCCCGCAGUACACGAUCUGGCCAGGAAGUUUUUCCAUCACUUGCUCAGGUCAUUGUUCCACUAAAUCUUUUUAGAACACCAGGCCGCAUUUACAUCUAUCCCGGUAACAUACAUGAAUACUAAAUAAAUAAAUACUUAAAUAGGCUCGACCGUGUCGUAUGUUGCAAGACAAAGGGAUGUCUUUUUUUAAUACUAACACAAGCCGUGUGAAUGGUAGUAAGCGACACACUUGUCCCUAACAGUUGCAGUGCCACUCAGAGCUUU